AUCUGACGUGUUGUUAGAGACGGUCUCCAUCUCUCGACACCGACCAAAACGACUUUUGCCUUCAGGCCACCAAGAGCGUGUUCGGGGACGUCAUGUCCAACAUGUACCUUCACUACAUCGGCAACACCACCGUCACCAACAUCCGCACCCACGCGGCGUCGAUGCUGGAGCUACUGAGGGAGGAGGUAGAGGUGUCGAUUAGGUCUUCAGAGUGGAUGAGUAAAAAAGACAAAGUGGUGGCCCUCGAGAAGCUGAACUUACUGCAGGCCGAGGUGGGAGCUUACGACCGUCACUGGAACAUCUCUUACGUGAACGAGUCCCACUCUGAGAUUCGGUUCCUGCCAAACUUCACUUUCCUAGACGCCGUGGUGGAGCUCUACCAGGUGUUCAGGGUCGACAUCUACCGCCUCUACCACACACCUAUCGAUAAAGGAUCGUUCAUCUGGGCGUUUACUGUUCAGCCCUUCAUCGUCAACGCCUUCCACAUGCAAUCAACCAAUACUAUAGUGUUCCCUGAAGCGUUCUUUCAGCCGCCCUACUACCUGACACGGGGACCAGAGUACAUGAAUUAUGGCUCAGCUGCUACUGCCAUGGCUCAUGAGAUCUUCCACGGCAUGGACUUUACCGGGAUGUUGUUUGACGCCCGCGGGGAGUUGACGCGACCCUUCAGUGACAAGACCCGUCAGAAACUCAACGAGACCGCUGACUGCUACCACAACCUUCUAGCCCACGCCUUCUACGAGGUGGUCCUUGUACAGUACACCAUGAUAGCGAUGGAUAUCGACAGCAGCGCCACGUUAAAUGAGAACCUGGCGGACAUAGCGGGAAUCAGACACGCGUACAGAGCCUAUCAGCGCUGGGUGGAGAGGCACUACGUGGAGCCCCGCCUACCUGCCCUACCACUCUCACCCGAACAGCUGUUCUUCGUCUCCGCCGCACAGCCGUACUGCGCUGUCAUCCCAGCCUUGGCAAAGAUCUUCCUCAUGGAGCUGGACGAACAUCUCCCCAACAACAUGAGGAUCAAUGCCGUGAUGAUGAACACACCAGAGUUUGCUCAAGUGUUCAACUGUAGUCAAGACUCGAGAAUGGUGGCCCACGAGACGUGCCACAUUUUCUGAGUGGCAACACCCUGAUUCUGAGUGGCCACAUCCCGAUUCAUUCCCGAAUCAUCAGUGACGGUUGAUGAAGACAAGUUAAUUAAAUCAUCGUAUACGAGUAUACAGUACAAACUUGUGCCUCGUCAACACUACAGUCACCUCACUCACCCAUUUCUCAGUUUGAUGACAAAUCUCGCCAAUUGUGUGUUCGGUCCGUCAAACCUGAAAGUCAAGGGAAGUUCUAGACCAGACUCAGCCCACCGUGGAAGAUUGUCAGAUUGUUAACGUAGCUCCACCAUUCUGCCUCAGUAGUGGAAGGUAGCGAAAAUAUGCAGUUUGCUCCGCCCACCAGAGUUUUCCCUGCUCAUAAACAGUACUGGCAAUACUCACGCAUCCGUAACGUGUUUUACUCAGUUUUAUGAAUGACAACUAGUCAUUAUAUAAUUAUGUUCUUUUUUAUAUAAAUAAAUCUUUUUUAAUUAA